AUGGCAUCCCAACAUGAAGAAUUGGCGGAUGAGAGAUCGCAUCUCCUCUCACAUCACAGUCACAAUCGACGGCUAGGGUCUCUGGUCGACGAAGAGGACGUUGCCUCGAUGAUUUCUUCCCACAUCAGCAAAGAGGAGCAGGCACUUGGUGAAAGUCCAGUUGGGGAACGUCUUCCCUACAAUGACUACACGACCAUCGACUGGUUGCAUGACCUGGUCAAAGAUUCGUUCAGAUAUCGCUCUGUCCAUGACGCCAAGGGCAUACGGGGUGCCAUUGCGUCUUCAUUUGACUCUUCCCAGGGAUGGAUCGCCGCUGCUAUUAUCGGCGUAUUAACGGCCUGCGUCGCAUUUCUUGUCGACGUGAGUGUCGCGACCGUCAGCGACUGGAAGACGGGAUACUGCAGAGGCCGCCCGUUCGCAAGCAAAGAAGUAUGCUGCACUGCCAAAUCGCCGUUCACUACGCCCCUUCAAGCUGAAACUGGCGAAACUUGUUCGGAAUGGCACUACUGGACGACGAGCUACUCGGGCGCCUUUGGUAUCUAUGUGGCCUGCGCGCUGCUUUUCGGUGUCAUCAGUGGCACUGUCACGCUGACAACGAAGAGAUCGCUACCAGCAACUGCCCCUGGCGUUGGAGACCGGGGCCCGGUGCAGAAACCCGGCGAAGCUGCGAACGAUCAGACGUCUCCAUCUUCCGCUGCUGCGACCGGAAAAUCCAUCUAUAUGGCGGCCGGGAGUGGAAUACCUGAGAUCAAGACGAUUCUUUCCGGCUUCGUUAUUCCACAUUUUCUGGAUUUGAAUGUUCUGGUCGUGAAGGCUGUGGGCUCCGUGUUUGCCGUGUCGACUGGUAUGUGUCUGGGAAAGGAGGGUCCCUUCGUCCACAUAUCGACAUGCGUGGCCUAUCUGGUCGCCGUCCGCUUUCCAAAGUACCGAGCUAGCGGCCGCAAGCUCCGAGAGCUCCUGGCUGCUGGUUGUUCGAGCGGCCUGGCCGUGGCCUUUGGAGCACCCAUUGGCGGUGUUCUGUUCGCCUACGAGGAGAUUGCAACCCAUUUCCCACGAAAAGUACUCUGGCGCGCAUUUGUGUGCUCCUUGUCAGCCGCCAUGACACUCAAAGCACUCAACCCUACCGGCACCGGAAAGCUUGUGCUUUUCGAAACGAACUACGGCACAAGCUAUGAGCCUUACCACUACCUCGUGUUUGUCUUGCUCGGGGUUGCCGGCGGAGUGUUCGGAGGGGUGUUCUGCAAGGCCAAUUUUCUUUGGUCGCGAACCUUCCGCAAGUACAACAUCAUCAAGAACUACCCGGUCUUCGAAGUCUUCCUGGUCGUGCUAGCAACGGCGCUCCUUCAGUAUCCCAACCCCCUGACCCGAGAGCCUGGCGAUGUCAUCCUCAAGAAUCUCUUGGUCGACUGUACCGACAGUUCACGAAGUGCCUAUGUCUGUGUGCAAGAAGGAGAUGGUGGGUCGUUCAACAAAUAUCUAGGCUGGCUCGGCCACGGAAUCCUGGUCAAGCUGGUUCUCAUGAUCGUCACCUUCGGCAUCAAGGUGCCUUCGGGCAUUAUAAUCCCUGCACUGGACGGCGGGGCGUUCUUCGGGAGAUUGGUCGGACAACUGCCCUUUCUCGCGCAGACCAUAUCCCCCGGAAUUUUUGCCAUGGUGGGUGCAGGUGCGUUUCUUGCCGGCGUCAGUCGCAUGACCAUCAGCCUGGCUGUCAUCAUGUUCGAAUUGACCGGCGAGCUGGAAUUCAUCAUGCCCAACAUGAUUGGCAUCAUGGUCGCGAAGUGCGUGGCAGACGCACUCGAGCGCGAAGGAGUCUAUGAUCUCGCACAAGCAGUUCUGGGUCAUCCGUUCCUCGACCACGACCACAGCAUGAAGAUCGUCCAGAGGGAGAGCCACCUUGUCGAAGAGCUGAUUCCGCCUCCUCAGACCAUGCGCGAGAUCACCGUCGAAGUCCCCGACAGUGGGCUGGUCCCACGUCGUCUGCUGACAGAGAAGCUUUCUCAACUCCGCCGUCGAGGCCUCAUGGAUGCCGGUCUUGUCUUGGUGCAGAGGUCGAUGCUGCAGGGCUAUCUGGCAGAAGGGGAACUGGAGUUUGGACUCGAGACCCUUGGCCUAGCCUUUCCAGAGGGCUGUAUCGUGCGUCUCCUCCCCUCAACGACCGGGGGGCCAGGAUUACCAGCAGAUGGUGACCGAGAACUUGACCUACAGCAAUUCAUCGACCGCACCCCCUUGACGAUUUGUGCCAAGGCGCCGAUGGAAUACGCGGUCGAGAUGUUUGGCAAGCUGGGAUUGAGGCACGUGUGCGUAACUGAAGAAGGUACUGGGAAGCUUGUGGGAGUCAUCAUCAAGAAGCGUCUGGUAGUUUGGCUGGAAGGUCUGAAACAUUGA